CUGGAAUUGCUGAAAGGCAGGCCGAGAAAGCGUUUAUCAGAGAGGAAGGGGAGUUCUCAGAGAGAGAGAGAGAGAGAGAGAGAGAGAGAGAUGUCUCUGGUAGACUACGCUUCGUCCUCAGACGACGACGUAUCGGAGUCCGGCGAAGACCACCAAAACGACCCAGAACAAGCUCCAAACGACAAUCCUCAGCUUACUAUUCCUCAGAACCAGGUAUCAUUGACACCAUCAAAUCAGCAACCACAAAGGACUGCUGUGGAUUCAUCAGAGCAGUCAAUCGAGAGACUUCCGGAUGCUUCACUUCUCUUGAACUCACCUGCUAUGUCAUCUAGUUUGUUGAAUAGUAGCGACCACUUGUCUCGGGUUGCUGCCGCCAUGGCUGAAAAUGCGUCGCGCAAGAGAGACUCAAACGGGUCAGCUUCCGCUCAUCUUCCCCGAAGAAAGGUUCCAAGAGGGACCUUGCCUCAUUCCAGGAAUUUUCCAGACACUGUUAGUGGCGUGCUAGUUCCGCCCCAGCUUAGUGGAAGGAGCAAUGUUGUUACGGAAGAUAUAGGGAAGCUUUUUGUCAGAAAGCAUGCCGAACCCUCAACCUCAACCUGAUAGUUGGCACUGUUGUUGGGAUAAUGGCAUAAUGCCACUGAAAAUACUUGAAUUUCUUGAAGAUUUUGCAUUUGUAGAAUGCAAUACUACAUAACAUUGUGUUUAUAUCCUAGGUAGGCUUGUGAUUCUGCAGGAUGAACGGUUGCAGAUGGUUUUUAUGACAUCAAGUAAUUGUUAUGGGGAAAAUAUGCUUAAGCCUCCCAAACUACCAUUCCUUUUUCA